AUGGGUAGUGGUUCAAGUUUUUCUUUAAAAAAAUCUAAAUCUCAUGAAAUAACAAAAGAUCAAGCAAAUAAAUUACCUUCAAUUAUUUCUCAAGAAAAAAAACGACUUGAUAAUUUUGAACCAUUUACACUUGUUUGUCUUGAUAAUAAUAUUAAUGAUAAUGAUCAAGAAUUUCGAUCGAUUAUUGAUUAUAUUUAUUGUUUUAAUGAUAUAGAAGAAUGUGAAGAAUUUAUUUUAAAUACUAAAACAAUAAAUUAUGAUCAAUUAUUUUUUAUUGUUUCAAAUGAAUAUGUUACAAAUAUUAUAUCACAUAUUCACGAUUUACCACAAAUUAUUUCUAUUUAUAUAUUACAAGAAAAUACAUCGAAUAAAAAACGAACAGAUAUUAUUGAUGAUAGGUGGACAAAACGAUAUCCAAAGGUAAAAGGAAUUUAUCUUGAUCGUCAUAUUCUACUGAAAGAAUUAUCAUCUGAUGUGAAAACUUAUACAGAUAUAGGUGAUCUUCUUCCAAUAACAGUUUAUAGUCAUCUUGAUAUAUUUCAACCAAAUAAUUUAUCAAAUGAUCAUCUUCGUUUUCUUUUUUAUCAAUUAUUUCUUCAUGAUUAUUGUUUAAAUUCAUCUUCAUUAAAUAAAACAAAUCUUAUUGAAAUAAUUGAAGAUUAUUAUCGUUUAAAUGAAAAUGAACUUAAACAUAUUGAUGAAUUUAUUCAUGAUUAUCAAUCAAAAAAACAUGUUUUAUCAUGGUUUUUACGCGAAUCAUUUCUUCGAAGAUUAUUAACAAAAUCUUUAUUAAUAUUAGAUUUAAAAAUUUUAUUUGCAUUAAGAUUUUUUCUAAAAGAUAUGUUUAAAACAAUGAUUGAUAUUGGUUUAUCAUCAAACAAAUCUCGAUUGUUAUCCAACGAACAAAUAUUUUAUCGAAGUCAAGUUUUAUCUAAAAAUACAUUUGAACGAAUUAAAUCAAAUAUUGAUGAACUUUUAUCAUUUAAUAAUUUUUUCCUGGCAAAUCAAAAUCGACAUGAUUCAUUAAUAUAUCUUCGUCAAAAUCUUCCAACUUCAAAAUUAAUCUAUCGAAUUUUAUUUGAAAUAAAAAUUUCUUCUGAUUAUAUAUUUCAUAAACAACGUCCUUUUAUCGAUAUAACUCAUUUAACUUCAACUAAAAAUACAAUUUUAUUUUUUAUUGGUUCAAUAUUUCAAAUAAAUACAGUUGUAUUUGAUAUUAAUAAUGAUUGUUGGAUUAUUCAACUUCUAUUAUAUGAUGAAAGAAUAAAUAAUGAUUUUUCUCAAAUAUUUUCAUAUCUUAAUGAGAAUCAUAAUCCAAUAAUAUUAGCUAAUCUUCUUCGACAAAUAUCACCUAAUUCAGCUGAACAUUUUUAUAAACAUCUUUUAAAAGAAAAUUCCGAAUUCAUUUCCAAACAAGAAUGUUAUCAUGGUAUUGGUUUAUGUUUAUAUUCUCGUGAAGAUUAUGAACAAGCAUUAAUUUAUUUUUCUAAAGCACUUGAAAUGAAAUCAAAUGAUCAAUUCAUAAAAUCUUCUUUACAUAAUUCACUUGGUCUUGUCUAUGCUCAACAAGAUGAUAUUGAUCAAGCAUAUACACAUUUUUCUAAAGCAUUAAAAACUAGUUUAUUACCAUUACAUAGUGCUUGUAUUCAUCAUAAUUUAGCAUUAAUUUAUAGUAAACAAGGUUUAUAUAAUCAAGAACUUAAUCAUUAUCAAGAAGCAUUUGAUAUUCGAAUAAAUCAAUUACCUGAAAAUCAUUUACAAAUGGCUUCAUUAUUAAAUAAUAUUGGUAUUGCAUAUUCUGAUAUGCAGAAAUAUGAUGAUGCUUUAAUUAAUUUACGAAAAGCACUUGAAAUGAGACUUAAAUUAUUGCCUGAUAAUCAUAUUGAUGUAGCAAGAAACUAUGCAAAUAUUGGUGCUGUUUAUGUUAAAACAGAAGAAUAUCGAAUGGCUUUAGAAUAUUUUAAUAAAGCACAAAUUUUACUUGAACAUCAACAAUCAAUACCAGAUGAGGAUAUAAAACAAAUUAAUAAUAAUAUUAAAUUUGUUAAUGAUAAACUUAGGAGGAAAAGUUUUUAA